UAAACUUUUCCCCUAUAUAAGUGCGAUAUGUACGUGAGAGGAAUAGCAGCAAGCGAGAUGUGGGUGCAGCUGAGGCCCAUGCGCUCCACCCCUCUUAGCCAGACUCUCAAUGUAUUCCGCUCAAAGCGGCCACUUUCCGCUUCCACUAAUCAAUGGAUAGGCCUGCAACAAUGGAGAGAAGCUCCCCUUAACCAUGACAGGACAUGGGGUCCUAAAGGCCCUGAACCACCAUUAACCCCAGCAACCUCUCCUCUAAACCAGCAUUGUAAUGGUUUUCAAAGAACUCCCUCUUCUCUCUCAGAAUGGGGGACUCUUGUUCUCUCCACUUCUGAUCCUAUCACUAAAGCGCGGUUGUCUCACCAUGCUUACACUCUUUGGCGUGAAAAUGAUCUCUGUCUUGGUGUUUGGGAACCUCCUGAUAGACCUGCAAGGCCCCCAAAACCUCACUUGGUUUCUCCAAAAGAAGUACCUGAUCCUAAAAACUCUGGUCUUCCACUGAAUGCAUAUAUGCUCCACAAUCUUGCACAUGUUGAAUUGAAUGCUAUUGAUCUGGCAUGGGAUACCAUAGUCCGGUUUUCUUCAUUCCAGGAGGCUCUUGGGACUGGAUUCUUCUCAGAUUUUGCACAUGUUGCUGACGAUGAGAGUCGUCACUAUCUAUGGUGUUCUGAAAGGCUUGCUGAGCUUGGCUUCAGUUAUGGAGAUAUGCCUGCCCAUAAUCUGUUGUGGAGGGAGUGUGAGAAAACAUCUGGGUGUGUUGCCGCUCGUUUGGCUGUGAUUCCAUUAGUUCAGGAAGCCAGGGGGCUUGAUGCUGGUCCCAGGCUAGUGAAGAAGUUAGUAGGCUUUGGAGAUAAUAGGACAUCGAGCAUUGUGGCUAAGAUUGCAGAAGAGGAAGUCCAACAUGUAUCCGUUGGUGUUUUCUGGUUUGUUUCAGUUUGCGCCAAGAUGGGCUGCACUCCUGAUGUUAUAUUCAAAGACUUGUUAAAGGAGUACAAUGUAGAGUUAAAGGGCCCAUUCAACCAUGCUGCUCGAGAUGAGGCUGGUAUUCCCCGUGACUGGUACGAUGAGUCAUACACAACGAAGGAUAGGAAUGGGCUUUCGGAGGUGCAUGAGAGACUUGCUUGCAUCAUUUCCAUGGAGAAACAGAACUCAGCUUUGGGUGAUUAUGUUCAUUGACACAAUUGAUGGUCAGGGUCUCAUCGGAAAAUGAGAGGGGGAGAGACUACUUCAUUAAAGGAUGGGUUGUGGAGUCAACUAUCAAAUCUUUGGCAGAUCAGUUAACUACCAUAAAGCAAAUGGUAGGGACUCAAAAAAUUGUUGGGGCUUCUAUUUGAUGGUGAUUCGUGAACCAUGGACAAACAAAGAUGAAUUUUUCGAACCCUCAAGAAGCUUGACAGUCUUUUAUUGUAAAUAUUGAAGAGUUGGGUACUUGUUAUUUUAUAACAAAGAUGCCACUAAAAUUAAGACUUAUUUCCCAUGAAUGAUGGACUGAAAAAGCUGUAUUGGGAACAUUUGGAAGAUAAAUCAUAUAGAUAAUCACCGAAGGAAUAGACACCCUUACCGUACACUGCACGUACAUGAAUAGGUUUGUGGGGUUAUUUGAUUUUGACAAUUUGGGAUUAUCGAUCACUGUUGAUUUCAGCAUUUUUCUGUUUUGAAACUUCAUAAAAGAAGUUGGUUUGCCUGGAGACUUCAAUUCCAGGGCCAUUUUA